AUGUCAACGCUCCGGCAGUCACGUCGGCCGAGCACGAGAGGCAAGGCGUAUCGGAAGUGGGUCAAUCAGAGCGAGCUCGGCAAGGCACCUCGGCUGCUUGCACUCCUCGCCGGCAUUCAGAGAGGUGCUGAGGUCGAUGUUACUCUCAUCAUUGGUACAGACCCCGUCGGUUCCACGGAAUGCGACGCACUACUAGACGACAGAGCCACGCUCGAUCGCACAGUGGCCGGCAUUUCCAGCGGCUUCGAACAACACGCAUCUGCCAUGGCUGCGGUCACCCGACAGACACUGAACAGUCUCAUCACAAUCCCAAACUACAACAUUCACCUCCUCAACAUGUCUAUCUAUACAACUGCUGCUGAUAUCAGCAUGGGAGCGUCGGCUGCGAUCAAAAGAUGUUCUCUUGAGAUUCCUCACCGGACGAUCGCAAAUCAUCAAGAAGCAGAGCGCCGAAACCUGGGGCAGAGUCCUUGA